UUCGAAGAUUCGCCGCAUGGAAGGUCUUGGCUGGCAGUUCCAAGUCUCGUCGACCUCAAUCACAUUCACCAUGUUCAAAUAUCUGUGUGACUCCUGUUAAUUGACUCGCUCUUUGUACGCCUCGACCUCCACAGCUACACAGCUACUUGGCGGAACAUGUAUCUUGUACUAUGCAGCAAAUAUCCUUGAAUGCGCUGCCGAGGCGCACCUUGCACAGGAAGUUCCGAUUCCAAGCAUUUUACAUCACAGUCCUCUGCUUGUGUCUGUUCACUGUCAUAAGCUUGGUCGCUGAUCAGAGUGCAAAAUUCCGACAUGGAACACAAUAUGGAGUUGCACAGCGACGGGCUUUGGAAGAGUUGGAUGUCACACGACUAGUAAAGAGGGAUGAAGAGUGCCGACUUGUUCAUCAUGCCGAAGACAAAUGUGCUUUCAUUAAGGCCAAUUGCCCCGACGAAGAAGCAGGUCUCUUCUCCUACCUCUCCCUCUAUUAUUGCAGUCUGCCGAAAGCAAAACCGGUCGCAUUCACGAUACUAUCACUAUGGCUUGCACUUCUCUUCACUACGAUUGGCAUCGCCGCCUCCGAUUUCUUUUGCAUCAACCUUAGUACUAUCGCCUCAAUACUUGGGAUGAGUGAGAGCAUGGCUGGUGUUACUUUUCUAGCAUUCGGCAAUGGUAGCCCCGACGUAUUCUCUACCUUUGCAGCUAUGAGUUCACAUAGUGGGAGUUUGGCUAUCGGAGAACUGAUCGGUGCGGCUGGCUUUAUCACUGCUGUCGUUGCUGGAUCAAUGGCAUUGGUACGUGAGUUCAAAGUCGGCAAGAAAACAUUCGUCAGAGAUGUCGGGUUUUUCAUUAUUGCCGCUAGUUUCAGUAUGGUAUUUCUUGCCGACGGACGUCUACAUAUGUGGGAGUGUUCUGUCAUGGUUGGCUUUUACCUCUUCUAUGUGGUGAUCGUUGUCUUAUGGCAUUGGUAUCUGGGGCAGCGACGCAGGCGCCGUGAGAGGGAUGCCGCUGCUCGCGGUCAUUAUCUCGCAGCCACGAAUGAGGAGCUUGAAGUUUCCGAAGAAGAUAGCGAUGAUGAAGAUGCACCUGCAGGAGAAAGGAGAACUAGUCAGGUCGAGGAUUUCGGAGCCUUAGAACGCGGCGGUAGUCCGCUUCUUGGUCCUCACGUGGACGACGAAAGUGAUGACGGGGAUGAAGGCAGGCAGCUUGCUGCGGAGAUGGCUAGCAGUAUGCGAGUAACAAGACCUUCUGGUCAUCGCAGAAACACCAUUACUCCAAUCCGACCUAGUUUGGUUGGUGCCCUGGAGUUCAGAUCGGUCCUGUCAUCACUCCAAAAAUCCCGUGGUUCUCAUCGACCCAUACACCUUCGCCGAUAUUCAGAUGAUCCCACUAGCCAAUACGAUGGACAUUCGUCGGAGCCGGAACCGUAUUCAGAUCAUGCUUCCAGCAUUGUAGUAACUGCAGCUGAGGAUCAAGAUGCUUUAUCGAAAGCUGGACCAUCAACCAGAACAAGAGCUGUGUCUAUGAACGAUGCUGCUAUCAUGAAACCUACCGAUCCUGCGGCAUUCAGUGUGGCCAAAAUACCAGACAUUGGUAUCGUAGCUGCAACACCGACAUUUCCAAGAAAUCUAGAAGUUCCGGCUUCUGAUUCAAUGUCCGGUGCGCAUUCAUCGUCAGGGCCCGUUCCGCCUUCCCCAACCUUUUCUCUAUCGCCUCCUCCAUCGUUUGGAGGCUCGCGAGAAGUCAGUCCUGCACCGUCUAGAGAGAGGCCCAAACGCGAUACUCUUGCUCCGCCUGAUGAGGGAUUCCCUGGCGCAAGACAUCUUCGUGUGGACUUUUUCAAGGACCAUCCUGAAUCAGCUGUGGACUCUCCACAAGACUCCCCAAAGUCUCGCUCGAGACCCAUUGAGCGUCCCCGACUUACAAUCCCGAAUAGUGCUUCGCGAGACAGCUCGCAUUCACGUAUCCUAUCUCCUGUAGUUCCAUUUCCCGCAUACACAGAUUCACCUUUGCCAAUGUCAGCCGUUAGUUCCAGGGCUCCCAGUCUUGUUCUUCCUGAAGCGACUAUGACUCCCGAGUCACUAUAUAAUACACAUAGUCAUGAUCUCGAGUACGAACAGAAGCCUAUAAAAUGGUGGCCUUACCGUUGGUUACCAAGUCCUCACACGCUUGCGUCGACCUUAUUUCCCACGCUGUAUACUUGGCGAGAGAAAUCCAUUUGGGACAAGUUCGUCAGCGUUGUCUCGGCGCCGAGUAUCUUCCUUUUGGCUGUUACCCUUCCUGUGGUCGAGUCUGAAUCUAAGGAAGAUGAGUCUGAUGAAAUCCUCAAUGAGAGGCAGUUAUCUCAUACAUCCCACUCAAGGUCCAGAAGCGGCACCAUACCUAUGCUCGUUCCAGAUAGUCCUUCUCUGGAAGCUGAACCCGAAUGGAUUCGCUAUAGAAGAGCAACAGAUCCUCACUCUCAUCCACGAUCACCACAGCUUAGAGGCUACAGCGGACAUAAUACAGCUGCAGUAGCUGUUACGGCAGAAAGCUCACACCAUAAUCCUCAUUCGUUACCAUUACCGUCGAAACAAAACUCCAUUGGCCAUAUCGAAGGCACUUCUGAAUGUUCGACCCUUGACUCAUCAGAUUGGAACCGAUGGCUCGUUGCGGUACAGAUAUUCACAGCUCCACUGUUUGUAAUGAUCAUCGUUUGGGCCAACGAUGCGGAUGGCGAUGCUCGGCUCCUUGUUCAGAUGGUCAUGUACUCUUUACUUGGAUCUCUGGUUGCUUUUGCAGUCUUGCUCCUAACAACUACGCCUACCAAGCCUCCAAAAUACAGAUUCCUUCUGUGCUUCUUGGGCUUCGUCGUUGCUAUUGCAUGGAUCUCAACCAUCGCUAAUGAGGUUGUUGGUGUUCUAAAAGCAAUUGGCGUCAUUCUUGGAAUAUCCGAUGCCAUCUUGGGUCUCACGAUUUUCGCGGUAGGAAAUUCGCUAGGAGAUUUAGUCGCAGACAUUACCGUCGCAAGACUUGGAUAUCCAGUCAUGGCUCUAUCGGCUUGUUUUGGCGGCCCGAUGCUCAACAUCUUACUCGGCAUUGGACUCAGUGGACUGUACAUGACUAUCACGCAGGCAAACAGCAAGCAUGCGAAGCAUCCGGACAAGAAGCUCAAAUACAAGCCAUACGAAAUCGAGGUGAGUGGGACACUAAUGGUUAGUGGGAUCACCUUGCUGGUGACCCUCGUCGGUCUAUUGAUUGCAGUCCCGAUGAACAAAUGGAUAAUGAGUAGAAGGAUUGGAUGGGGUUUGAUAAUUCUCUGGAGCGUCAGUACGGUCGUCAACUUAGCAGUCGAAUUGAGUGGAGUGUGGGGGGAGACUUCCUGAUGAAAAUGUAAUUGUGAUGAUAUUUAUGGCAAAGUUAAGCGGUGGAGUUCGAUACCAGGUGUGCGCAAACAUGUAUUAUGAUAGGUGCGCGGAAGACGUAGAGAAAAUACAAAAAUCGUCUGCUACAUUCUCUAAUUGCUAGCUUUUCC